AUGAGGGAAGAAAUCGAAGCUUUGCACACCCAAGGUACAUGGGAUUUAGUUCAUAUGCCUGUGGAUAAAAACAUUGUUGGUAGCCGAUGGGUUUAUAGGGUCAAGAAGAACUCAGAUGGGUCUGUAGCAAGGCAUAAGGCUCGCUUGGUUGCACAAGUUAGAUUGGUUUUGAGCAUUGCUGCUAUGAAUAGGUGGUCUCUUAGACAACUUGAUGUGAAAAAUGUUUUUCUUCAUGGUGAUCUUGAAGAAGAAGUGUUUAUGCAUCAACCUCAAGGUUUUGAAGAUUCUGCAUAUCCAACCCAUGUUUGUCGAUUGAGAAAAUCUCUUUAUGGGCUAAAGCAAGCACCCAAAGCUUGGAAUGCAAACAUAUUGGAGGGUGACUCUUUAUCUGAUCCAACCAUCUACAGGAGUAUUGUUGGGGCACUGCAGUAUUUGACAUUCACUCGGCCUGAUCUUUGUUAUGCUGUUAAUACUUUGGUUAAGCGCAUCUUGAGAUAUAUUCAUGGUACUUUGGAUCAUGGUUUGAAUUUUACAAGCGGUUCUUGGGAUCUUCAUGCUUAUAGUGAUGCAUAUUGGGCUUCAGAUGUGAAUACACGCAGAUCUACUACUGGUUUUGUGGUUUAUCUUGGAAACAAUCCAGUUUCAUGGCAAUCUAAGAAGCAAAAUUCUGUUUCUAGAAGUUUAACUGAGGCACAGGGCAUUGGCUAA